UGCAGACGCCUCGUGGCUACAGUCGCUGCGGGGCUGCAGCUCAGACGCUGAGCCUCAGGCGCUCGGAGCCAGGCACCGCCACCUCACAAUGUCUGAUGAACCGGAUUUCAUUAUUGUAACUAUUGAAGAUGACAGUGAUCACGGUAUUAGCGAUGAUGAUGACGAUGUGACAGUUGAAGAUUCUGACACAGACUUUACUCAGGACAUAUUUUACACUGAUGAUAUGGCGAACAUACAACCAGAUUUUGAAGACAGCAGUGAUGACUUUCAGGUUCCACCCCAAAUGUCAUAUGGAGAUGAAGGUUUAGUAAUCCCGGGUGACCAAACAGUUCCAGAAAUGAACCACACAGCAAAUUUAAAAAGAGACAGCCCCAACUUAGUGGAAGAAGGACUUGUCCCAUCGCACAAAAAAGGACGAUCAUCUACUCCGAGGGAGAAUGCUAUGGAUUUACCAGAACUUAUUGAAAGCACAUAUAAUCAGGUUAACCAGCUUUGUGAAAUCGUUUCAAAAAUGCAACAUUCUAGGAAGAGUCCAUUGAUGCUAAAAUGUGAAAAUUGUCACGCAUCAUUAUCAGUGGAAAGUCAGGAAGCCCAUGCCUGGGCCUCUCCUGCAGGAUCAUCUCUUCAGUCAGCAGCAUGCCCUGAAUCGCAGCAGCCAGACCCUAGGGAGAGUCCACCACUUCCCAGAAUUGUCUCUACACAUUCAUUACAUCCGCAUUACACACAAGGCAGUGCAUUUCCUGGUCUCUCUGGACUACCAUAUUUUUUCAACGAAGGUGCUGCAAGUACCAAUGGUGUCAUCCCAUCUGCCCAAGCUACCACGGCAGUACCUAUACCAGUUCUGCCACAAGUGCAGCCCAGUCUGCCAAAUAAUCCUGAUAUGAAGAAUUACUCAGUUUUACCUGAAAAUGAGAAUAUGGGCUCACAUGUUACUUCAUCAUCUUUCUGCAUGCCUCCCAAUUUUGCAAUGCCAGGAAAAGUAGAACCCAGCCUUGAAAACAACACCAAGAUAAUGAAUUACCCAACUUCAUUGGGAAAUCACAGUGGCCAAGAUACAGCCUAUUCAUCUCACUCCAUUCCUCCCAAUUUUGAUAUGCCAAAACUAGCAGAAGCCAGCCUGGAAAACAACCCUGAGACAAUGAAUUAUCAAAAUUUGUUGGGAAAUGAUAGUGGCCACUAUUCUUCCUCUUCAUCUGUCUACCCUCCUACUAAAUUUGAAGUUGAAAAGUUUAUACUUAUAGAAAUUCCAGCACAAGCAGAAGGCAACUCUCAGACAAUGUAUUAUCCAGCUUUACUGGGAAAUAUCCAUGCCCCAGGUACUGCGACUUCAUCUCUUCCCGGCACUUCUAAUUUUGUACUUGAAAAAGUUAUAAUCAUAGAAACGCCAGGAAAAGCAGCAGAAACCAGCCAAGAAACGCCAGGAAAUGCAGCAGAAACCAGCCAAGAAAUGCCGGAAAAAAUAGCAGAAACCAGCCAGGGAAACAACUCUCAGACAACUGUAUUUGGAAAUGACAGUGGCCAAGAUGCUGCCUCUUCAUCUGCCUCCAUUCCUCCCAAUUUUGGAUAUCUUGGUGAUCCAAAAAGAAAUGUCAAGAUGCUUACAAUUCAUUUGGUGACUGCACAAAAGAAGAUCAAACCUAAGAAUGCAGCCCGCUUCUUGGUUCGUAAUUUGUUCACCAAGGACAUCCUGAUUUGCAGCUCUGUGAGUGCCAAUUCACAAGGCCGCCAACGCCUAGAUCCAAACAAAAUGGCUGCACUAAGAGAAUAUCUGGCAAGAAUUUUUCCCAACUAUGAUUUGAGUGAACAUGGAAAAGAUUGGAAAGAGUGUAUGUCUGAUAUCAGUUCUCUGAUCCGCUAUUUAUGUUCUGAAAACAAAAGACUACAAAACACUGUUGGCAAAAAUAAAGGCCCUACCAACCCUGGUGAACCAGCAUCUGCAGAUUUGAAUGGUAAAAGGGGUAGUGUUCACAGUAAAGGCCAUUCUUCGUUACCUUUGCAAACGAGCACCUGGAACACAAGAGAAAAUGGGGCUUCUCAGCAGCCCAGUAAUGCUAUUUCUAAAGAAAUGAAAAAUCCUUCCAUUGGUAACUCUACAGCACCUGAAGAAACACUGAAUUAUUUUGGAAAUCCACGUAGAAAUAUACAGAUGCCAUAUUCAGUACUGAGUACAGCAAAAGAGAAGUCUCGCCCAGCGCUGUCAGCCAGAUACCUUAUUCGUAACCUGUUCUCUGAGGACGUCCUGGUCAAAAGUAAUGUCUAUGGCAAUCUGGGGCGUGGCGUGAGUGCCCUUAACCCCAAUAGGAUCAGCGCUCUCCGAGAAUUUCUCCAAGAUGUCUACCCGACUUGUGAUCUAUCGGAAACCGGGCAUGACUGGAAGUUGUGUGUGACAGCGAUCAACAGCUGUAUCCGUAGCCUCAGAUAUGACCUCAAGAAGUCCAUAGCCAAAUCCAAGAAGCUUGCAGCAGCGACCCCUUCAGCAGAGUCAAAGCCAAAAGAUACUGCCUCAACUGACUGAAGUACCUGAAUGUCAACUGUCUAAAUUCUUUAAGCUGUUACAUCAUUUUGUAUGUUUCUCAAGUUAUAAUUCCAAAAUUAGCCUUUUGUAGUGGCAAAGUAAUUUUGCACUCACACCUGAAAAAAUAGGCAAAGCUGUUUUUCUGCCUGUUAGGGAGGGAAUUGCAUUAGGAAGACAUGUGAUGCUUCAUUUCUGGAAUGCAGGGGUGGCCAGUAUUUUGAUGAGAACCUCUGAUGGAGGUAAUGGGAGAGAAUGCUUCAUGGUGGUCAUUGCUGCUGAAUGGAGAGUAAGAAGAGCAGCACACUUAGCACUUACUGAUAGAUAAAAUCUGAUUGUCAGUGAGUUAUGAAGAGAACUGUAGUUAGAAAAAGCAUAAUGCCAAGUGUAGAAACAUGCACAUAGUAGACACAGUAUUCUCCAGGUGAAUAGUAACUAUAGAGCUUAGGUUUAAACUCUGCUGAUUCAGAAGCAAGGGUUUGGUUUACAUGCAAUCAGAACACCACAGUGGCUUUCUUAUAUAUCCACCAUAAUACUAGGAUUGACGUCACAUUGUUUAACCCAAGCUUUCCAGAGACAAGAUCUAUGUUCUCUGGAUUUACUACUGAUGAGAAUGACAUUCUUUGAAUUAAUUCCUGAUAACAUUCCAUCACAGAAGUUUGCUCAGAGUGAACCGAGAAAAUCAUAUUAGGAGACUUGUUGGUUCCAUUUUUAUAAUUUAAAUUUAAGAAUAUGGCACUAUGAAUAAUAAGAAUCUGACCAAAUUCAGACACUAACAUUAUUUUUGGUUUUUGAAAUGUCUGGAUGAAGGUUUUAAUAUGUUUGCUGUGUUUUUCUGAUAAAUUCUACUAGUUAAAAUGAUUCUACUAAUCGAAAUGCAUACAAAUUUAAAUCUUACAAAUUUAAAUCUUACAUGAGAAAAGAUUGAUCAGAAAUUCAAUUAGAAAAAAGUGGUCUUAAAGAAUAUUGGUGGGAUUAUUAGAGAAUUUAAAAAUAAUUGGAUUUUGCUCCCACAUAGGGUUUUAUUUUUAACUGAUGCACUUUUUUUAAAGGCAGUCUUGAAUGUUUUAGCCGUAGGAAAUACUAUAUAAUUUCAUUCUUUUAUCAUUUGUGUUUAAGAAACAUUUUGUCACUUUUAGUGCCAUCUUUCCACUUCUAACCUCUCAAACAGUCCUCAGUUACAUUUAUUUUAUAGCAUUCUUAGGCAUUCAAAAAGCAAAUUUUUUUCCUUGUAAGAGUUCAACCUUUAGUUAUGGCCAUUUGCUCGUGACCCAUGGCUUUGUCUUAGAUAAUUGACUUUAAUUCAAGUUUUUUAUAAGGUAGAGAAGCAAAUUCAAUAGAAAGUAAUGAGUCAGUCAAAUAAUAUAAAUUUUUGAAAAUUGACAAUUCUUUUUAUUUUUGUGACUUGCAAGAUAGUUUAAGAUGUUUUCAUGUGACCAAUUCGUAGAAUGGAUACAUAUUUUCAUAUGAUAUAUUUUUUUGAAAAUUCAACUUUUAGAUUAUUUUAGUGAAAUAUAGUUUUACAAAGAUAAGAUAUUCAAGAUUUAUUUUUAAGACUAUUCUUUAAAUAAAUAAUUUGCUGUAGUAGAUGCCUUUAGCUUAAUAAAACCAUAGUAUUUCUACAUACACCUUUAUAUGUUAGGCUAUGCCUACAAAGGUCUUAAAAGUAGAUAAUUCAAGAACAUCUUUCAUAAAAAAUCUUCCAUAGAGGGCAAAGUGUUUUGACUAGAGUUAUUCAGAUUUAUUCAUGUAAGAUAGUCUUUGGCUUCUUCACCAUUCAGUUUCAUAAAUAAUUUUAGAAACUCCUGGCAAUAUAGCUAAUACAGAAAAGUAAUCCACAUUUUAAAUAUAGAUCAAUAUAUCACAUUGUACCCCAUAAACAUAUACAAUUAUUAUUUGUCAAUUCAAAAUAAAAUUAAAGAAAGAAAAGUAAAGUUAUAUCCUAGGCAAGAGUAAAUUUCAAAUGGUAUAUGCAGAUUCAUGGUAUAUGAAAUAUUCCCUGGACUAGAAACAAAAUCACAAAAACAAAACUUUAUAUUUACAAAAAUGUUUCAAGAUUUAUGUGGCCAACUUAUAGUGGUUGCUUACAUAAAUUAUUGAGAGCAACCCUGUCCAAUAGAGCUUCCACAAUGAUAGAAAAUGAAAUAAACCUUAAAAAAUUAAAAGAAAAUACAUUUGCAUUGUCCAGUGUGGUAGUCACUGGGCACAUGUGGCUAUCUGAGUAUUUGAGAUGUGACUAAGUAGACAGAGGAAACACAUUUAAAAUUCGAUCUCAUUUUAGCUACUGAAAACUUAAAAUUAAGUAGCUACAAAUGGGUAGUGGCUACUGUGUUGGAUGGCAUAAUUCAAAAUGCCCUUUAUUAAAAAAAUAUUUUAAAUGUUUCCUAUAGCUUGAAUUAUAAUAAUAUAUACACAACUUCUUGAA